UAAUAUUGUUAUCGGUGCCGAGGUAUUUAUCAAAAAUAAACAAUUGAGUAAAAAGGUUGAUGGAUUCACAGGUAAGCUUGCGCCUCCUCGUAAAAUGCCAUUAUACGUACACAGUUUUUAUUCAAAUAGUUUAGUAAAUGUCUGUGAUAAAGAUAAUAAUAUUAUUGGUAAAUUUAGUAUUAAUGAUCUGAAAAUACCACGCAGAUCAAACCGUAAAGUAACCAAAGUCGAACAAUGAGUCGGUUAGGAUUUUAUUAAAAUAAAAAUUUUCUUUCACAGGAUGGCAGAACUUGGGAAAUUUCUGUACAGCAAAGAGACAUCAAAAGAAAAGAGAGCAGAUCAACAACUACUGAGGACCUGUAGAUUUCAUGGGAGAGUUGGGGAUCGGAAUUCCUACUGGGCCAAUCUCGUUUUCACCACACCAGCUUCAUAUCUAAAUUUUGAUAUCCCAGUAACAACCGAAAUUACAUUAGCUGCAGGCUUUCAUCGACGGCUAUCUAAUGUAUUAGUAUAUCACGAGAAGAACUCAGUGCUAGAUAUGCCUGAGAAACCAGUAAUAACAUCAGUACAAACGCCGGGCAUCCCAAUUCCAUCGAUAAAGGUGAAGUGCCAGAUGAUGAUUGGGCAAGAUCUUAAAUUUGUCGAUUCAAACCUAUGCAACAUGCUCUCGCAAGCUGAAUGGCGAGAGAUGGUAAAGAAAAUCGCUGAGUCAAUGGCACCAAAGUCCACUAGGACUAUUGCGACGCAGACCAUUGAAACCAGAUUGGCUCCUGUCCCAGAACCAGGGUGCCUAAAAUGCAAGGAGAAGGGGCACAGCCACGACAAAUGCCAAAAUGAACUUCGAGGCGACUGUUACUGUACCAAUUGUCGGAGACUUGGACACACUAAUAACACGUGUCCAUAUCAGCAUUGGAAUACUGACGGCUACAGAACAAUGAGAGGGUACUGUCGCCAUUGCUCAACCCAAGACCCGUUCAUUAAUGAUUCGUGUCAACAAUGCAGAACCAGAGUCGAGAUGACACAAGCUGCAAGAGGGGCAUACCAGAUUUUGCCGCCUUAAAAAAGAGACAUUUCCCGGACGUGACCAGAUGUACAUGUGAUAAGUGACAGUGUGAUCAAGAUUGCUCAAGAAACCAGUAUUACAUAAAGACAAUAGUACUUAUUAUGAUAAAUCAGUUUUCAGUUUAUUAUUAUUUUUAUUUUAUUUGUUGUUUUGUCAAACACAUAGUACAUCCAAAAUAUUUAUUUGUGACUAGAGUAAUUAAUCAAAGAAAUAUUGCUCAGACUUAUCAGUGCAUGUAAAUCAUACCAGUCUAUUUAUUAUUUAUUUAGUUUUUGUUCCAAAAGAGAACACCAGUAUUAACACAGUAAUGUUGUAUUCAGUAUUUUUUGUUUGCAUUUUUUAUUAUUUAUUUUUGUUUCUACGUACCUGAAAGGUAGUGAAUAGAAAAUGGACAAUGAUGAGUCCAUAACUGAUUCAACGUGAUAAUACUUGUAAUAAUUAUAGAAUUUAUAACAGUGCUUAUAUUUUGCUUAAAAGUUUAUAAUUAUUUAUUACUUAAAGAUAAUUAUAUUUUGAUAUUAAAGAGGUACUUGCUAGAGUUACUGUCAAGCCAGUAUCUCUUGCCACAGUAUGAGUGAAUAAUAUUGUAAUGAGUGAAUGAAACGUUACUGUCGGCAUAAAAUAUUUACUAUUAACUUUAACCAGUAAUUGUUGUUGACACUACCCAGGUUAAAGUUAAGGGGGGUGGUGUUACGAUGUUGACAUCGUACGCCUCCGUUUGUCAUCGGGACAGAACUGUCACAUGACUAGUGCGACAGUUCUGUCUAUAAAAGAGCGCGUUAACGUGCGAUCGGAGCUUUUUCGUCGUUAGCUUUGAGUAGACAAGUAAGUUCAUAUUCACUGGUAAUUGUCGCGUAGUAAAUGACCUGUUCGCUGAUUGUCAUUACUGCUUAUUAAUUUGUUCUUAACUCAUAUUUGUUGGUAAUUCGUCUAGUGUCCGCGAUAAUUAGUUAAAUAAAUUAUCCAGUAUUUAUUACGUCAGAUUUGUGAGUAAUAAAUAAUAGCUCAUAUCUGUUGCUAUACCAAGACGGUUAUUUGAAUAAAUUGGUAGAAAGCCCUGUACCGUUAAGUACAGUAACGAUAUUGGUAAACUAGUGUGUGUGUGCGACGUGGCAUAAUAGAUAAUUAUUAGUUAAAUAAAUAAUUAUUCUAUUAACUGAAACCUGUGUUUGAGUGAAUUCACCUGUGCUUCCCCAAGUCCACAUUAGACA